GGAUAUCAGAUAUUUUGAUGUUUAACUCAGGUUUAUAUCAGCGCAAGCUUUUAAAGGAAAUUUAAUUCAUGUCUCAAUUGAUAGAACUCAUUCUUCAAGGUGAUAAUGAUAAAGUUCAAAAUAUGUUAAAACAAUUCGAUAAAGAUCCAGCAGGUUAUUUACAAUCUAUGAAUGAAUAUGAUGAAAUGCAUAAUUCUGCUAUAGAAUUAUUCACAAUAUUAGAUUGUAGAAAUAUGAUUGAAAAAGCCAUAAGUAAUGGUUAUAAUGAAUUAAAUAAAAUUGGAAAAAAUGGAUGUAAUCUGAUGCAUUAUGCAGCGAUGUGGAAUCGAGCUGAUCUCAUAAAAUAUUUAUAUUUUGCUGGUGUUGAUGUUUAUCAAAAAAAUAUUCAUGGUGAAACUGCACAUAAAUUAGCUGUUAAAUAUGAACAAAAAGAAGCAAUGUAUAUUUUAGAAUGGAUUGAAUGUCGUGAUGAAUUUCUUACGCUUGUUCGAUUAGUCAGAGAAAUUUUAGCAACUUCGGAUAAGAAUGAUUAUACAAAGGAGGAAAGAAAAAUUGCCGAUUCUGCUUGUCUUGAUGGAGAAUCAUGGGUCAAUAAAAAUAAAGAAGCUACUCUCAGUAUGCUUAAAACAAAAAAAGAACAAAUCGAAUUGAUUGUUGAACCAUUUUUACGAAAAAAAUCACUAGCUUUGUAGUGUAGUGAAAUAAUAAUGUACUAUUACCACUGUAUGAAUAAAAUCUAAC